GGGCCUCAGCCUCAGCCUCUCUUAGUUGGCGACGGUGUCUCUCGCGAGGAGGAUUCGCCGCUGUGCCGAAUCCAACAAUAUACUCGGCGAGUCCGAUUGGUCGGCUAAGACCAAUACUCUUACGUCCUCAAGAAAAACGACGAUGGCAAGCUCCUCAGAGGGAGACACCGUCAAGCCGACGAACACGAACAAAUCAACGACGACUGGAAUCAACAUUCUCACAUCCAAGGAGGGUGCGAGAAAACGACGACGCUUGGAAUCUCUGACAACGAAUUCGGAGAUCCCUGAGAAAACGCAGCGACGCGACGAGUCAUGCAACUUCUAUGCCGAAACAAGGACUCAGCACAUAGAAGACAAAAAAGACUCGUCACAGCCACGCCUGAAAAAAAAGGAUCAAACUAUUCCAAUAAAUUCACAAGAUGUUCGAAUGUCACAAUCUUGCGAAACAGGCGUGAGACAAAAUGAUGCGACUAGAUUAAGGAAAACGAUACAAUGGCUUGAGGAAGGUGCGCGAAGGUUACGCGAGGAUCUGGCGAAUGUGCGAACCGAAUUACAUGAAGAACGAAGGGCUGCAAAAAUUGCCAAGAGAGAGUUUGAAACUGCUCUCAGAGAAGCCAGAUUUGCUGAGGCUGCCAAAUAUCAAUCAAUCAUAACCGAAUUAAAAACCAGAAUCGUUCAAUCUGCGUCGCCAUCGCCGUCACCGUCGCCGCCAUUCAAAUCGGAUCCCGUGAAAGAUGAGAGUCACAAGCGUGAAUUAUCAACCCUCAGAAAACGCUUAGUUGAAGCUGAGGGCACGAUACGAAGACUCGAACAAUUGGUGAAAUCACAAGCGAGCACUACUCGCAGUACCAAUAAUACUUCUUCCUACGGUGAUGCGCGCCGUCUGGAAGUGGAAAUACGAAAUUUACGUGCAGAAAACGAGAAACUCGAAGAGAAAUUGCGUAUCGCUUUAAAUGCCGAGAAAACUCGCAUCGCUGAGAUACGAGCUCAACGGGAAAAUCACGAAGCUGAACUUUCCGCAUUGCGAAAAUCACUUCGCAGCGAAGCUAUAAAAAUGAUGGAUGAGCUGCGUGGCAAGAGCCGAGAGAUUGAGAAGCUGUCGAAGCUCUUGAAACGUCGAAAGUUGGCGCCGGCGGAACAAGAGAUGAUAUGCGCGACGGUAAAGAACCGUCGUGUGAACAAUCCAACGGUUCACCCUGAGGACCGGUGCACGCGAUUAUCAUAUCGUGUGACUUCCGAUAUGCGGAAGUUACGGGAGAACGAGGGAAACCGACCGAUACAGUCAGCAUCUCGCAUAGAGAAAAAAAAUCUCAAAGACGAUGAUCACAUGGUGAGGUCAUAUAUGCGCGCAAUAGAAUCCAACAGAGCCAUAAAUGAAAUUGAGGUCGAGCGCCUUCGUGAACUCGCGCUUGAACAGCAGGAAGUCAUCGAAAUACUUAGACAGGCAGUUAAGGAAAGAGAGAGAAAGUUGGAGCAAUUAUCCAACAAGAAGAGGAAGGAGGAAUUUUAUAAACAGUGGCUAGAGUUAGAACCAGUGGCUGAAGUGGAUGAUGAGGAGGAUCAUGAAGAUGAUGACAGUGCUCUAUCGAGUGCCCCAUCCUCGAUGUCGCCACAACCUGGGGGCUAUGGUCAGUGGCAAGGCAAUGGUGUCACUAGAGAAGCAUAUGAAGCCGUUCUUAUCGAGAUCGAGGAUCUACAAUCAAGGCUUCUUAAAGAGCAACGCGAGCUAUCGCAUGCCAGAAUUCAAAUUUGCGACUUGGAGAAAGCACUCUUGCAAGAGAGAUGUGCUGAUCGUGACAAAGAAUUAAGUGAGUUGAAUGAUAAGCUUCGAGCUGCUGAGGAACGAGAAGCUACACUUUUGGUGGAGCUUUCGGAGAUACGAGAGCAAAAUGAGCUGCUGGAAUUUCGAUUGCUCGAAAUGGAAGAAAUACCUAUACGCAAAGAUACUCCCGAUACGGUGGACAGCGGUAUCGUUUCACCAGAACCUGUUCAUACGAACAAGGAUCAUUCAACCAACAAACAGAGAAGCCGUGCCGUGGCAACCGUGAUACCCUACACAAAUGCUACAAUGAACUCCAUAAAAUCUACAUCACCCGUGUUACCGCGAAAGCCCCCGCUUACUCUUCAGGAAAGUGGUAUCUUUGAAGAGGAAGAAGAAGAAGAAAAAGAAUAUGAAGAAGAGCACGACAUCGAGUUUACUAGCCGCGGUACUCAAACGGAAGCACCGUCCGGUGAACUCCUGCAGGAAGUGCAGCGUCUUCAAGAAUUAAGAGCUCGAAUUCAGGAACGAGCGGCUAAGAUCACAACACCGGUCUUCCAUCCGAUUGAUUCAUCUAAGAUCUGCUUCGAUGUGUCAACAAUGGAUUCGAUAGUCCAGCUGACUUCCUAUCAGGAGCGCGUUCGUGAUCUUGAAGAGAGACUUGAAAUGUAUGAGGAAGCUGAAAAGAAUCGAGAACAAGAAAAGCGAUUGUCUAAACAGCGGGAGGAGGAGCUAUUGGAUGAAAACUACAGACUUACAGAGAGAACAUACUGGUUGGAAAACGAACUGCGGACCAUCAGCGCAAAGUGUACCGUCAGCGAGACUAACAAUGGAGAGACAACUGUCUCUCAAAUGCAUCAAAUAAAGAACAUGAGCCAAAAUAAACAUCCAGAAGAUGUACAGAACUUGGAAAAUGUACAAAAUCAACUUAAAGAUGCAAAUUGCACGCGUGCUGUUCAAACCAUAGAAACAUACGGAAAUUACAUGGCUACAAAAUGUUCUCGAUGUCAAGAUAAAAAUAAAUCCGACAAGCAGAUCACUCUGGGUGCUGGACGUAGUGUCACGCUUAUAUCCCUAGAGAAGAAGGAGAAGAAAGAUGAACUGAAACUCUGUAAAUCCGAAGAACCGGUCGUAACUGAUCUUACCAAAAACAACUUAAAAAAGAAGGUUAGCCGAAGACGAGUUAGGAAUAACGAGCGCGAAAUACGGUCCGUGAAAACAGCAAGAAUGACAAAUGUCAGAUUCGUCCACGACUCCUUUGUUUCCUUUGGACGAAGAAAUCCGUUGGUCUUGUAUCAGGAAAUAUGUGUUUAGCUUAUGCCGUCGCUCUAUCAAAUUCUUACCAACGAACUCUAAUAAGAUGGGCGUGGCUUAAAAAUUCAAUAACACCGUCUAGUAAACUUUCGCUGUAAUUCCCCGUUUUCACACCGAAGAAAGUUGUGCUCGCGUUAUAAUUAAAAGCUGAUAGCUCUGCCUAAGUUGAUGUGUAGUUUUUGAGAAGCUGGGAAUCUUCCUCGCAAUAAAGGAUUGCGCGGAAGAAAGCGCAUGUUCUUCGGAGCGACAGUUUCCAGAAAAUAGCGACGAACGGAAGAAGACCGAGGUCGUGGAGAGAAAAUGCGGAUGAGGAGGUGAGGAAGAGAAGGAGAAGGAAAGCUAACCGACAGCAUAUCUACCUUACGUCUUUGAACGUGAUCUAUUUUCGCUGGAGAUAAAUGCGAGAAGAGGUUCUCCAUCGUCUCUCGUCGUCGCAGACUCUGUCCAUCAACCCACGAGUUCCACGGAAGAGUCAAUGAACCCGUGGGUAAAAUCCGCGGCACAAACGAGGACAAUACGGCUGGCGCUGCUUGGUGUGCCCAAGUGACGAUCAGAAAUGGUACGUCCUAGAAA